AUGGCGGCCGCUACCCUGCUGCGCGCGACGCCCCUUUUCAGCGGUCUCGGCGCCGGCCCGGCACCACUAUUGCAAGGUUUUUUGCGGCCGCUGAAGGCCCCGGCGCUGCCCAUCUUGUGCCGCGGCCUGGCUGUGGAGGCCAAGAAGAUCUAUGUGCGUGACAAGCCCCAUGUGAACGUGGGCACCAUCGGCCAUGUAGACCAUGGCAAGACCACGCUGACCGCGGCCAUCACGAAAAUUUUAGCGGAGGGAGGUGGGGCCAAGUUUAAGAAGUACGAAGAGAUUGACAAUGCCCCAGAGGAGCGAGCCCGAGGUAUCACAAUCAACGCGGCUCAUGUGGAGUAUAGCACAGCCGCCCGCCACUAUGCCCACACUGACUGCCCCGGUCAUGCAGAUUACGUUAAGAAUAUGAUCACAGGCACUGCCCCCCUCGACGGCUGCAUCCUGGUGGUGGCAGCCAAUGAUGGCCCCAUGCCCCAGACCCGAGAACACUUACUGCUAGCCAGACAGAUUGGCGUUGAGCAUGUCGUGGUGUAUGUGAACAAGGCGGACGCCGUGCAGGACUCUGAGAUGGUGGAGCUGGUGGAGCUGGAGAUCAGGGAACUGCUGACUGAGUUUGGCUACAAAGGGGAGGAAACUCCGAUCAUCGUUGGCUCUGCCCUCUGUGCCCUUGAGCAACGUGACCCCGAGCUAGGCCUGAAGUCCGUGCAGAAGCUGCUGGAUGCUGUGGACACGUACAUCCCGGUACCCACCCGGGACCUGGAGAAGCCUUUCCUGUUGCCCGUGGAGUCGGUAUACUCGAUCCCUGGCCGGGGCACAGUGGUGACAGGCACGCUCGAACGUGGCAUUUUGAAGAAGGGAGACGAGUGUGAAUUCCUGGGACACAGCAAGAAUAUUCGCACUGUGGUGACAGGCAUUGAGAUGUUCCACAAGAGCCUGGAUAGGGCAGAGGCGGGUGACAACCUUGGGGCCCUGGUCCGAGGCUUGAAGCGGGAGGACCUGAGACGUGGCCUGGUCAUGGCCAAGCCAGGUUCCAUCCAGCCUCACCAGAAGGUGGAGGCACAGGUCUACAUCCUCAGCAAGGAAGAGGGUGGCCGCCACAAACCUUUUGUAUCCCACUUCAUGCCUGUCAUGUUCUCCCUGACUUGGGACAUGGCCUGUCGGAUCAUCUUGCCUCCAGGGAAGGAGCUUGCCAUGCCCGGGGAGGACCUGAAGCUCACUCUCAUCUUGCGGCAGCCAAUGAUCUUAGAGAAAGGCCAGCGUUUCACCCUGCGGGAUGGCAACCGGACCAUCGGAACCGGCCUCGUCACUGACACACCAGCCAUGACCGAGGAGGACAAGAACAUCAAGUGGAGUUGA